AUGGACGACAUUAUUAGCAUUGACGACGGUGAGUCACUUUCGCCGCCAAAAGUUAAAAAGCCCAGAAUAUCGGAUGUGUGGAAAUAUUUUAAGAAAAAGGAUACAAAAGCUAAGUGCACGUAUUGUGAAAAAGAAUAUGCACACUGUGGAAAUACGAGCAAUUUAAAAGACCACAUGUCUAGGUGCGACGGUGUUCGAAGCAGUAUGCGGAGCAACGCCACCACCAGCAGCAGUAGCACUACAUCGUCGACCGCGUCUUCAUCGCAAAGUACACUCGACUUUUUUAUCAAAAUCGCACCGAGAUAUGAUCAAAAUUCGUCAAGAAAGAAGGAAAUCGAUCGCGCGCUUGCAUUAAUGGUGUGCCAAGAUUAUCAACCAUUUUCAAUAGUUAACGAUGAAGGCUUUCGAAAUUUUGUUCGUGUUUUAGACACGAGGUAUGAGUUACCUUGCAAAACAACUCUAAAAAAUAAACUAUUGAAAUCGCAAUAUGAUGAAAUCAAAAUCCAGAUUAAAAAUGAACUGGAGAGUGUCGCGCAUAUUGCAAUAACUUGCGACAUGUGGAGCUCAAGGGCUAAUGAUGGAUAUCUUACUGUGACAAGUCAUUUCAUUACAAACGAUUUUGGUUUGAAAUGUUACGUGUUGUCCACCAAACCUCUGUUGGACCGUACAAAUAAACAGGCCGAUAACAUCACAAGAACAAUGCAAUCAGUAUUUGACGAGUAUCAAAUUACUAAUAAGAUAGUUUGUAUUGUGACAGAUAACGACAGCACAAUGAUAAAAAUGUGCUCAAACCUGCAAUAA